AUGACAAACGUCGAGCCGGACCACAAGCUGGCCAUGGCGGGGACGAGCAGCACAUCAGAUGCCGAUACUUUAGAGUCAAACAGCUAUGGACGGCAGCUGGAAGAGAUUCGUAUCUCCAACACGCCGGCCAAUGUCUCCUUUCAGACUGGAGUUGAUGUGACGACCGCCGAAAAAGAAUUUUCGGAGUUGAGCAAACAAUUCUCCAACAUCUCGCAUCAAGCCCACAGGUUAUCCAGACAAGAAUCACGAGUAUCCAAGAUGGGAGUUACCACUCAAGAUGUUGAAAAAGCCGAUAUCGAGGGAUCUAUGGCCUCGGAUGACUCAUGGAAUCUGGAGGCAACUCUUCGCGGAGAUCGUGUUGCCUCCGAAGAGGCUGGAAUCAAAGACAAGCAUAUUGGCGUGAUUUGGAACAACUUAUCAGUUCGUGGAAUGGGUGGUGUCAAGACAUAUAUCAAAACAUUCCCCGACGCAAUCAUCGAUUUCCUCAAUUUGCCAGGUACGCUCAUUGACCUCUUCGGUUGGAGAAAGAAAGGCCAAGAAUACAACAUCCUGGAGGGCUUCCGGGGUCUCACACGGCCCGGUGAGAUGGUCUUGGUCCUUGGGCGUCCCGGAUCAGGCUGUACCACCUUCCUCAAAGUUAUCGCGAAUCAACGGGUUGGAUACACUGGCGUUGAUGGUGAAGUACUUUACGGUCCUUUUGAAGCGAAUGCUUUCUCCAAACGAUUCCGCGGAGAAGCCGUGUACAAUCAAGAGGAUGAUAUUCACCAGCCCACCUUGACUGUAAAACAAACUCUUGGAUUCGCCCUCGACACGAAAACCCCCGGGAAACGUCCAUUCGGUGUGUCGAAAGCUGAAUUCAAAGAGAAAGUGACAAACCUGCUUCUAAAAAUGUUCAAUAUCGAGCACACUGCCAAUACAGUGAUCGGCAAUCAAUUUAUUCGUGGUGUCUCUGGGGGUGAGCGGCGUCGCGUGUCAAUCGCAGAAAUGAUGAUCACAUCUGCGACUGUACUGGCGUGGGAUAACAGCACUCGUGGCCUGGAUGCCUCAACUGCCCUCGAUUUCGCGAAGUCACUGCGGAUUUUGACCAACAUCUACAAAACGACAACCUUCGUGUCACUCUACCAAGCUUCCGAGAACAUAUAUAAACAGUUUGACAAGGUCCUCGUGAUUGAUAAUGGCCGUCAAGUAUUUUUCGGUCCUACAUCCGAAGCAAGAUCAUAUUUCGAAGACCUCGGCUUCCGCGAAAAGCCUCGCCAAACCACCCCUGACUACUUGACGGGAUGCACCGACCCUUUCGAGAGAGAGUUUAAAGACGGAAGAAGUGCUGACGAUGUGCCAUCUACGCCACAAGCGCUAGUCGAGGCCUUUGACAAAUCCGUCUUUAGUGAAACGCUAGAAGAGGAAAUGAAAGCAUACCGUGCCCAGAUUCAGAAGGAAAAGAAAAUCUACGAUGACUUUGAGAUCGCCAACAAAGAGGCAAAGCGCAAAUUCACUUCUGAAUCAUCUGUAUACUCAAUCCCCUUCUACUUGCAAAUCUGGGCUUUGAUGCAACGGCAGUUCCUCCUCAAAUGGCAAGACAAGUUUGCUUUGUCCGUCUCUUGGGCUACCUCAGUUGGUAUCGCCAUCAUCUUGGGUACCGUAUGGCUCCAUCAACCUAAGACCAGUGCCGGUGCUUUUACUCGAGGAGGUCUUUUGUUCAUAAGUCUGCUAUUCAACGGCUUCCAAGCAUUCUCAGAACUUGCAGCCACAAUGAUGGGUCGCUCAAUUGUCAACAAGCACCGUUCUUUCACAUUCUACCGACCUAGCGCACUUUUCAUUGCACAAAUUCUGGUUGACACGGCGUUUGCCAUCGCAAGGAUUCUCGUAUUCAGUAUCAUCGUGUACUUUAUGUGCGGGCUGGUCCUGGAUGCUGGAGCGUUCUUCAUAUUUGUUUUGAUUAUUCUGGAGGGCUACGUGACUAUGACAGUGUUUUUCCGAACCGUCGGAUGUCUAUGCCCUGACUUUGAUUAUGCCAUCAAGUUCGCAUCAGUGAUUAUUACAUUCUUCGUCUUGACAUCCGGAUAUCUUAUUCAGUGGUCUGGCGCCCAGGUGUGGCUGCGAUGGAUUUACUUCAUCAACCCUUUUGGCCUUGGAUUCGCUGCAUUGAUGGUGAACGAGUUCCAGCAUCUUACCCUGACAUGUACGACGGACUCCCUUGUCCCAACUGGACCUGGUUACGGCGACAUUGCACACCAGGCUUGUACCCUAGCAGGAGGCAAGCCUGGGUCCCCAAUUGUCCCGGGCUCCAACUACCUUGCACAAAGCUUUAGUUAUCUUAAAGGUGACCUUUGGCGAAACUUUGGCAUUAUGCUUGCUUUGAUUAUUGGAUUCCUCUGUUCGAACUUGUACUUUGGAGAAACGCUUCAAUUUGGUGCAGGCGGCAAGACCAUCACUUUCUACCAAAAAGAAAACGCAGAGCGGAAAGAGUUAAAUGAGGCUUUAAUGAAGAAGAAGGCAAGCAGACAGGCAAAAACUCUUGAAUCCGAUGCAGGAUCAAACCUCAAUAUUAGCUCCAAGUCUGUGUUCACCUGGGAAGAUGUCUCUUACGAGGUGCCUGUGCCCUCUGGUACCCGGCGUCUUCUGAACUCCGUUUAUGGUUAUGUUCAACCCGGGAAAUUGACGGCGCUGAUGGGAGCAUCCGGUGCAGGAAAAACAACGCUGCUGGACGUGCUGGCGGCAAGAAAAAACAUUGGUGUGGUUACCGGCGAUAUUUUCGUCGACGGGAAGCCACCAGGCACCGCAUUCCAAAGAGGUACAUCUUACGCAGAGCAACUUGAUGUUCACGAGGACAUGCAAACAGUAAGAGAAGCGCUGCGUUUCUCUGCGGAUCUGCGCCAGCCAUUUGAAACCCCACAAUCUGAAAAGUACGCUUAUGUGGAAGAGAUCCUAACCCUCUUGGAGCUUGAAAAUCUGGCAGAUGCAAUCAUCGGUACACCUGAAACCGGUCUUUCGGUUGAAGAAAGAAAGCGAGUGACAAUCGGCGUCGAACUGGCGGCAAAGCCUGAACUGCUCCUGUUUUUGGACGAGCCUACAUCUGGUCUGGACGGUCAAUCUGCCUGGAACAUUGUUCGUUUCCUUCGGAAACUAGCAGCAGCAGGCCAGGCUAUUCUAUGCACCAUUCAUCAGCCCAACGCCGCUCUCUUUGAAAGCUUUGAUCGUCUGCUUCUCCUCCAAAGGGGAGGCGAAUGUAUCUAUCACGGCGACAUUGGCCCCGACUCCCAGGUUCUGCUGGAUUACUUCCGCCGCAAUGGGGCCGAGUGCCCUCCAGACUCUAACGUGGCUGAGUGGAUGCUUGAUGCCAUCGGUGCUGGUCAGACACGUCGUAUCGGAGACCGUGACUGGGGCGACAUUUGGCGCACUUCUCCUGAGCUGGAGACAGUUAAAAAGGAAAUUAUCCAGAUCAAGGAAGUUCGUGCGCAGGCUGUUCGGGACAACCAUGAUGAUAGUAAGGUGGAUAGAGAGUACGCUUCACCUCUCUGGCACCAGAUCAAGGUAGUCGGUCGACGAACCAAUCUAUCAUUCUGGCGCUCGAGAAACUAUGGUUUUACCCGGCUUUACACCCAUGUGGUGAUUUCCAUCAUCACCGGUCUUGUAUUCUUGAAUCUUGACGACUCCCGAUCCUCGCUUCAAUACCGCAUUUUCGUCAUUUUCAAUGUGACUGUUCUGCCUGCGAUCAUUUUACAAAUGGUCCAACCGCGGUACGACAUGGCUCGUCUAAUCUUCUACCGUGAAUCAGCCUCAAAGACAUACAGCCAGUUCGCCUUUGCACUGUCACUUGUUAUCGCCGAGAUCCCCUACAGUCUCCUAUGCGCCGUCUGCUUCUUCCUCCCAUUGUACUACAUCCCCGGGUUCCAAACCGAGUCUAGCCGAGCCGGCUACCAGUUCUUCAUAAUUCUCAUUACGGAGAUGUUCUCUGUGACUCUGGGCCAGAUGAUCUCAGCUCUGACACCCAACAGUUUCAUCGCGUCUCAGUUCAACCCACCAAUCGUGAUUAUCUUCUCUCUAUUCUGUGGCGUUGCAAUCCCCAAGCCGCAGAUGCCAGGAUUCUGGCGUGCGUGGCUAUACCAGCUCGACCCAUUCACCCGUCUGAUCGGCGGAAUGGUCGUGACAGAGCUGCAUGGUCGGGAUGUGGUUUGCGCAGAAUCGGAACUGAACCUCUUCAAUGCCCCUGAUAAUCUCACCUGCGGGGAGUACAUGAAGCCAUUCUUUGACCGUGGUGGUAAGGGAUACAUUGUGGAUGAUGCGGUGCAGGCUUGCAAGUACUGUGCGUACAAACUUGGAGAUGAAUUCUAUGCGACCUUCAGCAUGGCCUUUGAUAACAGGUGGCGGGAUCUGGGCAUCUUUGCUGCGUUCAUUGUGUCCAACCUGGCUAUCUUGUUCUUGGCGUCUCGCUUCUUGAAUUUCAACCGGCGAUGA